AUGUCGUCUGUACCGACCUCAAUGCUCAAAGAGAUCUGGUACCAUGGGCUGCUCCCAAGAGAAGACGUUCGGGUCGGUUCUCAACUUGUAUAGUGAAUGUUUCCCGACUUAAAAGGCGAAGGAGGCGGGGCAAGGGGCGGGACGCGUAGCGUGUGCGUACGCGGUUCUUGGCACGAGUCCAAUUCAAUUGCCGCCGACUAUUUACAAACCUCGGCAGCCGCUCUUUUUCAAUGUUUUCUACUAUUUUUUGAUGCACACAUGAACAUAAUCAAUAAAUAAUUGAAAAAGGAAUGAAAAAAAGCGAAAAACGGGCUUUUCAAAGAGUCGAUGGCGGUUGAACAUUGACUAUAAUGGUGCAGAAAAAUCAAUUUCUUUCAAAUUUCGAAAUGAAGAACCGCAGUUUUAACCAAGCAACGAGAAACGGGAUUUUCAUUCCUAUUUUGGGAUAAAAAGGUGUGGAAAAGAAAAAUGACAUAUCAAGGUAUAAAACUGAAGUUUCAAAAAGGUGAGAAAAAGGUGCUUACAAGGAAGAUAAUUUUAUUGUGUGGUAGGGAAUUUCCUUGACCAGAAUAUUCCUUGAUAGACCAGAAGAAGAUUCUGAAAGCCACAAUCUACAAAAUUUCCUCGUCUACGAGAAUUAAGGGCUCGAAGUCCCUAAGAGCCUAUUUUAACGGAUUCUGAGAGCUUUUUUUGACGUUGAGGUGCCCUUUUUCAAAGAAUUCCAUAUUUCGCAGAUUGAGACGUCCGGGAUCUUUAUCUGGUAUAUCAAGGAGUGUUCUAAAAAAAAAAUUGAACCGCAAAUUAAAAUGACCUCCUCUCAGUUUGACUUGUAGAUGAGCUAGAAAAAAAAGAGAAGAAUGCCUUAUUAAGGUCAAGAGCUAAAAAAAAACUCAUAAAAAUCAUUUUUCUUGAGAAAUUCUGAUAAAGGGCCAUAAAAGGACUUCCAGACUUUUAAAGAAACUUUCAGGUGAUGCUUCGCAAAAAUGGCGACUACCUCGUCAGGACCUCUGAACCAAACGCCGGCGAACAACGACAAAUCAUCCUUUCCGUAAUGCAUCACGAAGAGCUCGAAGAAGGAGUUUGAAAAUAUUUAUUUUAUUUGAGGAAGAAGCAAAUUCAGACCCGCCACUAUGUGAUCCGCGAGAGUAACAACAAAUUCACGCUGAGGGACAUCGAUUUCAAUUCCAUGCAGGAACUGAUUGACCACUAUUCAACCAAAGGCAGCUUACAAGUGGUGAAUAUUUCUAGGAGCCUCUAAAGUGGUCCCUUAGGGACUUUGAAGCUUCUUCUCUAGGGAUCACUUCAGCUCCUCCUAUAAGGCUACGAAAGCUUGCAGAAGUGGCCCCUAGAGUGACAUACCAGUCGAUUAUAGUUACGAACUCUAAGCAUUCUUAUGCGAAAAACUCAAUAAACAGCAAAAGUGGACCCUACAGGCGUCACUUGAGCUUUAAGAGCUUAGGGAUUAGAUCCUUACUCUUAUAAUGACCUGUAUCGCUAUCCUAAGUUAGAUAAUUUUCCAAAUCUCACUUCAAAAGAAUCUUCAGAACGAAAAUCUGCGUCUUCUGAAGCCGGUGCCCAGAAUGCCUUGGGAACUCUACCACGAUGACAUUGAGCUGACAAAAAAACUUGGCGAAGGCGCUUUUGGAGAGGUCUGUUGAAAGGGUUUAGAGUCUUAGACGGUUUCUCAUUAUGGCAAGUUUCGAAGUUACCGAAGUACUCGGACGUGCCGGGGCAUUUCUAGUGACCACUUUAGUAGCCUCAGAACUUUUAAGUGGUCCCUAGAAUCGCCCAGAAACGUCCGGAGCACGUCCGUUUCGUGUUACCAAUGUCCGAGUAGUUUUGAACUAAAAUUAUUCAUUUCUUCAAAGCGCAUAUGACUACGAGAUGUAUGAUCAUUUUCUGGUGAAACAUAAAAAAUAUAAGACAAAAAAGAAAAUUUCUUAAAGAUUUUGAAACGAAUCCUUUUUUGAAUAAAUGAAUUUUUUAUUUUUUGCCAGGAGAUGCGUUAUUAGUUGCUUUAUGAUAUUCAAAAAUAAAAAAAAGUUGCCCAGAAACUUUCAAGAAAAAACGGGAUUUUUAUCCGUUUUCGGCCACAAAUGCGUUUUAAAAACUGUCGUCAUACAUUCUUAUUUCUCAUUUCUCAGUAUUUUCUUUUAUGUAGGAUUGUUAAGCAUAGACGAUUGUAUGUUUCCCUCAAUUUUUUCCUAAAUCGGUGCAAGAAAAUUGUUUUAAAAUAUAAAAAGAACCAAAAUGCAGCGAAAAUGACAAAGUUUUUUGAACUGCAAAGUGGGCGCGGCUCUGCGGUCCCUAAAUAAAUCUGUAAUUUCGAACCGUUAACAUCUUGAAACGUGUACCAGCCCAGCGAUAGGAGAACCUUCGACCACGCCCCCGCGUGGGCGAAGGUUCCUCAGUUGGUGGGUUGCUGGUUCCGCGUGUCCCCUCUAUCUCUCCUUAACUCCUGCCUGCCUGUAUUUCCCUGUGUCAAGCAGCUGACAUCCCAAACAGGAAGGUCCAAUACGCCAACCUUUAGAAUUGUAUCUGGAGGGAGUCUCUAGACUCUAAAGGCGGACAUUUGGAAUAUGGAGGUCCCACUUGAGACUCGAUUCUUGGGUUUUCUUUCCGAGCAGUCCAGUGCCACAUAAGCAGGUGAGUCGUGGACGUGCCGUUCGGAAGUCUAGCUAAACGCUACUUCCCAUCCGCUGUGGACAUAUUUCUUCUGUCUCUGGAGCUAAACACAGUUGGCGUCGCCAUGGCGUCCUCUGGAAGAGAGGUGGAUUAAAUCAUACAGCCCUUCGCGCCUAUUUUUGUAUGGAAGCCGAAAGUGCCUCUUUCUCGCCAGGAUCGACUACGGUUUGUGAAGCACCCCUGAUCAAGGUGCCGACCAUCUCCGGACGCUUUCAUUAACGAGGAGACGCAUCACGUGGAUCCGCGGUCGCUCAAUGUCCCAGGGCCCAUUCCACGUGUAGAAGUUGCGAUCCUGCUCGUACCUUCUCGACGCUGUCCUUUUAUGAACGGCCGCUCACCGUCCAAUACGGCUCAGGAUUGUAGAGGAGACGUCGCGAGCCCACCAACUCAUUCCCCCCUCCGGUCAGCCCAUUUUAUUUUAAUUAUUUCAUUUUCGUGUAUUUUCGUGUAUUUCUGUAUUAGUUUGGUUCAUUUUCAUCCUUUUAGUUCAAAUUCACAAGCUUCUUUUUCUCACAACUUUCUUUCAAAUUUUCAAAAACCCAUUCCACACAAUUUUUGUUCAAAUUUUCAAAACCCUUUUUCUCAUGAAAUUGUUCAAAUUCUCAAAAAAACUUUUUUUAUUUUUCAACUUUUUAAUCUUCAAAUCAAACUGGCAUUUCUUCAAUUUCGUUUAUUUUUUUAUCACUUAAAAAUUCCACUACACAACCAAAUUUCCCCAUAGAGUCUCACAACAUUUUUUUCACUGUUUCUUACAAAAUUUUCACUCGUUUUUUUCACAAUACUUUUUUUCCUGAGAAAAUAUUCUUCUCUGCUUUUUCACAAUCUUUCAACCAAAAUUCUUUACAUUUUUCUGUUUUUUUUUUCUCUGCUAUCGCGUAUAUAUAUAUUUUUUUUUCUCUUUUGUCACUCAAAUUUUUCAAAUGUUUUCUAGCUUAUUUCUCAACUUCAAUUAAUUUUUUUUCUUCUAAAUCAAAUCGUUCAAUUUUUCACCAUUUAUACUGUAAAACAACAUAUCUAAUCUUUCCCAGGUACUGUAUCGUAAAUCGUUUGCUCAUAUCAUUUAUUAGGCGCUAAGUUUCUUUCAAGAUUGUUUUUGGGUCACGCUACCAAGCGUCCCACGCCACAUGUUCGUGUCUCAUACCGUACUCAAGUAUUACAAUCACCCUAAUCUCCUAGGUAAGCUCACCAGACGCUUGCUUGAAGCGCAAGACGCCGACUUAGGACGCCAGACCCUUAGCAACUAUUUAUCUUUUAAUUAAUUCCCACACCUUUUCUGACCGGAGCUUACUGUCCCACCCCCUGGUACUUUAGUCACACACUCCCAACUCUUGUUUUCAUUAUUUGAUGUGUACAGUUUUUCAACUUCUUUUUAUCUUUUUGUAUUUUUUUCUUCUUCUCACAAAAGGCUCUUCAAUCUCAAGUUGGACCAAAAGAAAUCCUGACGCGUUUUCAAAAAGGCCAACCCAAGCUUCUCAGCUGGGAAAUCCUUUUCAUUUCAUUUCAUUUUUUCUAUUUAACUUUUAAUCUCAAAAAAACUUCUAACUAUCAAACCAAAAAUUCUUCAAAAUAUCAAAUCUUUAAAAUUAACUUCAAAACUUUAAUUUAUAUUCAAAACUUUCAAAUUAAUACGCGUAAUAGAAUUCUUUCGGCCGAAAUCAAAAAUCAUCAAAACCAAUCUUUUUCUUUCUCCCUGCGGUCAUUUGAAGCUCUCAAACCCAUCAAAGCGCCAGAAAAUGGAUCUACGUUCUUUCUCAUCGGAAAAGUUCGAAUCGAGAUCAGACAGAACUUCAAUAUCGGAAAAUCUGUAGACAGAACAGAUCCAACAAUCUUCCUCUGCAAUACGCUGGUUCUCUCCGACGAAGAUCGAAGAUGUCAACGAUUGAAGAAUACGUUCCACUAGAAGCUCAAUGGGAAUCUCAACUGUCACAGCUUCUGCUUCACCGCGAAUUAUCGCAAAAAUCAUCGACUUGACACACGGAAGCCGCUUCUUCACCUCGUUCGAUCUGCUUCAUGCCGAUGAAGAUGAAGCAUCCGAAAUUGAAAGCAACAAUGAUACUUCAGUUGCAGCUUUGGAAGUCGAAGAUCCUGCGCUUCAAGUCGAAAUCGGCCUCGACAAAAUCAGAGUCGCUCAAGAACGCGCCGAAUAUCGCCGAGAAGCAGUGAAGAUUCUUCAAAAGAGUGCCGAAGACGACAAGAAAGCCAUCAACAUCAGGAAGCGCUACACCCUCGAAAAUGCCGUUCUCCACGUCCCGUCGCCGUUUCAGCUAGACGAACCUCCAAAAAGACGUCAAUUCUUCGUGAGUCAUUGCAUUCUCUGCCAAAGGAGAAACAAAACCUCACGAGACGUCAUCCGAGCCAGCCGAAAACUCCACGAAACAUCGGAAAAACAUUCGUGGCUCACAAAAAGGACGUUCGUCAGCUGAAAUCGAAGCCGCCAACGCAAAGAGAUCAUCGACGAGGACGUCGAAGAAGAAGAAAAUAUAUUAGAAGAAGCCGAAAACCACCCGAACACAGCUUCACCGUUGUCGUUGCCGCAGUCUUCAACCACGAAUCCAGCCGCCAAAAAGCCGCCGAUUCGAAAGACUCGCAGCUCGACGGCCAAGCGACAGUCGCCGAAUUUUUCCGCUUCUCCUUCGCCGCCGUCGCCCGUAUCUACAAAGGACCGCACCGCCAGUUCGACACUCCCGUCGACUAACAGUCCGGCCAGCAGUCGCCAAUCGUCGCCAGCCAGCCGCCCUCCAGCCCGUUCGACUACACGCCGAGCAGCAGCUCAGCCAUCAACUACAAAGCCGAGAACCCGCCGAGGAGCAGCCACGCCGACGCCGCAGAGGUCGACUACUCGUGAUGCCGGACGUCAUCGUGGACCAAGCAUUGAGAAGAGUGCGAAUCCAGCCGCCAUCGAUGAAGACCGCCUUCGAAGAGCCACCCCGGAGGAUGACGAUCCUUGCAGCUCGAAGUGGAACCGCGAUUUGGACGACUAUAGUCUCUAA